GUUUUAUUUUUGAAAUCUCGGCCGGAAGUUUGGAUUUCAAUCGCUCUGAAUUCACAACAGGCGCACUUCAAUGCCAACUUUUGCAGCGCGCACAGGCGCACUGUUCACUGCCAAACAAGGCUGCAUGGAACUGACAGGACUUCAUGCUGCAGUCAGGUCGAAGAAAACAGAUUUUAUCUUUCAUAACUAAUGUAUAUAUAUAUACAUACAUAUAUAUUUAAUUUAGAGGAAUCUAGCGGCCACAUAAAGCGCGCCAGGGCGCCUGGUGGUGACAUUUCUGUGAAGAUCUCAUUCAGUUUUGAAGCGGAGCAAUCUUCGGAAUAAUGUGGGGAAUCCAGAGAAGUCGGUACGCGGACUGUAACGGCUCCGAAGCGAGUGAAGAGGCGGAGAUCGUGGUGAACAUCGGCGGAGUGAAACAGGUGUUGUAUGGCGACGUGUUGAAUCGGUUCCCGGAGACUCGGCUGGCAGAGCUGGUGGACUGUUCUCUGAAGUCUCCCGAAGAGAUAUCCUCCUUGUGUGACGAUUAUGACCCAGACACCGGGGAAUUUUAUUUUGACAGGGACCCUGAGGCAUUCAAGUGUAUAGUGGAGCUGUAUUAUUACGGAGAGGUACACAUGAAAAGGGGCAUCUGCCCGAUUUGUUUCAUGAAGGAGAUGGACUUCUGGAAAAUCGGCGCAGAUUUUCUGGAUGAAUGCUGCAAAAGCCACCUUAAAGAGGUUCAGGAGGAACUUGCAGAGAUCGCAGAGAGAGUGAGAACUAUCUUGGUGGACAGAGAGGGAGACCCGUCGGCAGGAGGCUGCCAGCGCUUCCAGGCGUCCCUCUGGAGGCUGAUGGAGAAGCCGGAGUCCUCAGUGCCUGCGCACGUCAUUGCCAUACUUUCUUUCAUCUUCAUCCUCGUCUCCUCCGUGGUGAUGUGCGUCGGGACAAUCCCGGAGCUUCAGGUGGAGGACUCCGAAGGCAACCUCACUGAGCACCCGACUCUGGAGGUCAUCGAGACGGUGUGCAUCGGUUGGUUCACCAUCGAAUACCUCCUGCGUCUGAUCUCCUCUCCAAACAAGAUCAAAUUCGUCCUGUCCUUCAUGAACAUCAUCGACUUCAUGGCGAUCAUGCCCUUCUUCGUGGUGCUGAUUCUGACCUCCUUCGGCGCCGGAGUGAUGGAGCUGGCCAACGUGCAGCAGGCGGUGCAGGCUCUGCGCAUAAUGCGCAUCGCGCGCAUCUUCAAGCUGGCGCGCCAUUCAUCCGGUCUCCAGACGCUCACAUCUGCGCUGAAGAGCAGCCUGAAAGAGCUGGGUCUGCUCCUCAUGUACAUGGGGGUGGGGGUGUUCCUCUUCUCAGCGCUGGGCUACACCAUGGAGCAGAACCACCCGGACACGCUGUUUACCAGCAUCCCGCAGUCGUUCUGGUGGGCUGUGAUCACCAUGACCACUGUGGGCUACGGGGACGUGUACCCUAAGACCACUUUAGGCCGGUGUAACGCGGCCAUCAGCUUUCUGUGCGGGGUCAUCGCCAUAGCGCUGCCCAUACACCCCAUCAUUAACAACUUUGUGCUGUUUUACAACAAGCAACAGGUGCUGGAGACCGCAGCCAAGCAUGAGAUUGAACUGAUGGCGCUGCGCUCCACUGAAGGCGAACUGAGGGCUGCAACCGAGCACCAUGAACAUGUUUGCGGUACCCGGGUUUGGGACUCCUCCAUGAGCUCCUGUCACAGCGAUACGUUCCUACCUCUGCUGAAGGACACCAGGGGAGGGCCGAGUAUGCAGACCCCCAGCAUGGAGACUAGCUUUGAGAGCACAGCAGAGGCCUCAGAAUAUUUCAUCUCAUGAAUUUGGCAAAAAAAAAAA